AGCUCCAAAUUCCAAUCUUCUGUGCGGUGCAGCUUUCUCUCUCAUCCCAAUUCCAAGCUACUAUAUUAUAUAGUCUUUUGUUGAGAGAGAGAGAAUUCAAAAUUAGAAAUCCAUGGAUGAAGCAGCUGCAAAUUAUGGCCCCUUCGAAGAAAUCAACCGGGAAGAAGACGCCGGCGCAUCCUUCGUUUUACAGUCAAAAGGGAAGUGGUGGCACGCCGGAUUUCAUCUGACGACGGCGAUCGUGGGGCCCACCCUACUGACGCUUCCGUACGCUUUCAGGGGGCUGGGGUGGGCGGCGGGGUUCGUAUGCCUGACGGCGAUGGGGGCUGUCACCUUCUACUCCUAUUACCUCAUGUCGCUGGUGCUCGACCACUGCGAGAAGGCCGGCCGCCGCCACAUCCGAUUCCGGGAACUCGCCGCCGAUGUUUUCGGAUCGGGAUGGAUGUUCUACUUCGUGAUAUUGAUUCAGACAGCUAUCAACACCGGCAUCAGCAUAGGCGCCAUACUGCUCGCAGGGGAGUGCCUCAAGAUAAUGUAUUCGGAACUCGCUCCCGAUGGGUCACUGAAACUGUAUCACUUCAUAGCAAUGGUCACAGUAGUCAUGAUCCUCCUGUCUCAGUUUCCAACCUUCCAUUCCCUGAGGCAUAUUAACCUUGGCUCCCUAUUCUUGAGCUUCGGCUACACUUUCCUCGUUGUGGGCGCUUGCAUAUACGCAGGCACUUCAAAAAACGCGCCUCCAAGGGACUACUCGUUGGAGUCAUCAGACUCGUCUAAGCUAUUCAGCGCUUUCACCUCCAUAUCGAUCAUAGCUGCCAUAUUUGGCAACGGCAUACUACCCGAAAUCCAGGCGACGCUGGCGCCCCCGGCCACUGGGAAGAUGGUGAAAGGCCUCAUCAUGUGCUACACUGUAAUAUUUUUCACCUUCUACUCUGCUGCAGUUUCUGGAUAUUGGGUGUUUGGGAAUAAGUCUAAUUCCAACAUUCUCAAAAGCUUGAUGCCAGAUGAGGGACCCGCGUUGGCUCCUGUUUGGGUUCUAGGGCUCGCGAUCGUCUUCGUCCUGCUUCAGCUCUUCGCCAUCGGCUUGGUUUACUCUCAAGUAGCCUACGAGAUGAUGGAGGCGAAAUCGGCUGACGUGAGGCAGGGGAUCUUCUCGAGGAGGAACUUGAUCCCGAGGAUAAUUCUGCGGUCGUUGUACGUGAUCGUGUGCGGAUUCUUUGCAGCUAUGCUACCGUUCUUCGGUGACAUCAGCGCGGUGGUGGGGGCCAUCGGGUUCAUCCCUCUCGACUUUGUGCUGCCGAUGCUGCUCUACAACAUGACGCACAAGCCCACCAAGGCAUCCCCGGCGUUUUGGAUCAACAACGGCAUCAUCGUGGUGUUCACGGGAGUCGGACUCCUCGGCGCCUUCUCCUCCGUGAGGAAGCUGGUUCUUGAUGCCAAAGAGUUCAAGAUUUUCAGCGAUGAUGUGGUUGAUUGAAAUUUUUUCUUUGGUAAUUAUCUGGGUAUCCAUUGGCGAGCCCAAUAACUAUUUCUAGCGCUAAUUUAUAAGCACCUAGCGCGGGAAAUAGUCAUCGGCCAGCCGGUGGAUACCUUUUGAUUGAUUGAAUUUGAGUAGAUGUAACACCAAGUUUAUAUAAAUUCCUGAUUUUGUAUGAA